AUGCUCAACAUUCGAUGGGCUUCCGGCGCCGAGUUGGCUGCAGUUAAGCCAGAGCUUUUUGAGGAGCUCUGUUCGGAAGGUUUGCCGCCCGUGACAGCCCUGAAGAAGCAUCUGCAGACGUUCUGCGGGUAUCCGAGAUUCAGGCAGAGAAUCCUCUGGCAGGGCGGCAUCGUCAGAGAAGAAGAUGCCCUUGACACGCUCAGUGAUCUGCAGCUGGUCAUCCUUUCCUUCUCGGCCACCUCGCCGGGGGAGGUCGGCGCCCUCAUUGGAGCCGCCGCGCUGGGUCGUCUCGAGGAGUUGGAGGAGCUUCUCCAACGUCCUCUCGAUCCAAACCUCGCCGGCGGUCACGGCUUCACGGCCCUCCACGCGUCUGCUCACGGGGGCCAGGUUCGGGCGACGAGUCUCCUCUUGGAGGCCCUGGCGGCCGUCGACCAGGCAGGCCCCGACCAGACGACGCCCCUCUUCAUGGCAGCGCAGAACGGCUUCUCUGAGGUUGCUCGGGCCUUGUUGGAAGCUGGUGCCGACCGGAACCGCGAUUGCACGGACGUGGGUGCCACGCCCAUGUUCAUCGCAGCCGGCCGCGGAAACUUAGAGGUGGUCCGCAUCUUGCUGGAGCACCACGCUGAUCCAGACAAAGCCCAGAUAGAGAACAGGGCCACGCCCCUGCUCAUGGCUGCCUCCAAAGGUCACGCCGAAGUUGUGCGCCUUUUGCUGGAGGCUAAUGCUGAUCAAGACUCCGACCUCACAGCCGGUGGGGUAACGCCUUUGCUUAUGGCCUGCGUGCGGGGCCACACAGAGGUCGUGCGUGCCUUGUUGGAUCACCAUGCGGAGAUAGACAAACCCUGCACGGACGAUGGCACGACCCCGUUGAACAUGGCUUGUGGCCGGGGACACGUGGCGGCGGCCCGCAUUCUGCUGGAAUCUGGCGCGGAUGUCAACAAGGCCUGCACUGACGACGGAGCGACUCCCCUACUUCGGGCCUGCGAGCGUUCGCACCUGGACGUCAUCCGUCUGCUGCUUUCCUUCCAAGCGGAUGCGAACUCUUCCCUGACCACUUCUGGAGACUUUCCCCUGUACAUGGCAGCGCAGCGGGGCGAAGCAGAAGCAGCACGGCUUCUACUCCUAGCCGGCGCAGACAAGGAGAAGGCGACCAGCAGGGGGGCCACGCCGGAAGAAGCAGCCCUGGAGGGCGAGCACAACGAGGUCUUGAGCAUACUCGCAGCCUCUCUCGCUGAGCUGGAGCACCCGAGUCGAGCAGAGCCACAUCCAAAGGAGUAG